AUUUUUUCGCGGCAUUGCUAGCCCGUCUGGUUCAAUGGCGGGAAAAUUACGAAGUCCACUUCUGCAGCCGCACAAUUUCUAGGGUUUGUGAUUGACGAACAGACCUUCUAAUUAUCGUCGGAAAACGUUUCCCGCAUUUUUAUAUUGGUUCGAGCGGUAAACCGGAGAAAAUGCCGACGUACAAGAUUAGGGGUAUCGAUGUUGAUUUUCCAUUCGAGGCCUACGAUUGCCAACUCGUUUACAUGGAAAAAGUCAUUCAAGCCCUCCAAGAUAAAUGUAAUGCACUGCUGGAGAGUCCCACUGGAACUGGGAAAACCCUGUGCCUUCUAUGUGCCACGUUGGCUUGGAGGAAGAGUUUGGGUGGUUUCUCAACUGGUGCCAAUGUGAAGAGCAGUCAGAAUGCCGGAGGCUCAGCAGAAUCAUCAUCACAAUCUGGGAGCCCAAAUCUUCCCACCAUAAUUUAUACAUCACGCACUCACAGCCAGAUUCGUCAAGUAAUCAAAGAAUUGAAAAGAAGCUCUUACAGGCCCAAAAUGGUAGUGUUAGGGUCUCGAGAGCAGUUAUGCAUUCAUGAGCAAGUUAGUUCACUCCAUGGGAAAGCACAAUCAAACGCGUGCCAAAUGCUUCGCAGAAAUCGUGAUAAGCGUGAAGAGCAUGAAAAACGUGAAAAGCAGGAAAGACCUCGCUGCACCCAUUAUUUUCAUGUUGCUGGUCACAUGAAGAGCAAUCCUCAUCUUGGAGAUGAACCUAUAGAUAUCGAGGAUUUGGUCAAUAUUGGAAAAUCAUUUGGGCCGUGCCCCUAUUAUAUGUCACGGGAGAUUCAUAAGGUUGUGGAUAUAUUAUUUGCACCUUAUAACUAUCUCAUUGAUCGUGGAUAUAGGAAAUCUCUUACAAUAAAUUGGCAGAACAGUGUACUUAUAUUUGAUGAAGCUCACAACUUGGAAGGCCUAUGUGCUGAUGCAGCUUCUUUUGACUUGCCUUCUUGGCUUCUUACGGCUUGCAUUUCUGAAGCAAAAAAUUGUAUUGAUAUUUCUGUAAAAAGAAGGCAAGUUUCUGAUGAUAAGUCAAAUAACCCAGAUAAUUUUGCAAUUCUUAGAGCACUUCUUUUAAAGCUUGAGAAGCGGAUUGCGGAAGUGCCUAUUGGAUCCAAGGAAUUAGGCUUCACUAAACCUGGACCUUACAUGUAUGAAUUACUAGCUGAUUUAAACAUCACUCCUAAGACUUCAUCCAAACUUGUUGAGAUAAUUGAUGAAGCAACUGAACUUUUGGAAGAAGAUAAUCAGCAACAAGGGAAAAGCAGUGCCUGUCGAUUGGAAAGCAUUGGCAACAUGCUUAAUAUAAUUUUCAGACAUGACAAUGCUCAUGCAAAAUACUAUCGUGUUCAUGUGCAGGAAGUUGAAGCUAGUGCAUCAGAUGGUUUAAAAGGUAAGGCAUCUAGGACACUUAGCUGGUGGUGCUUUAACCCGGGAAUUGCGAUGGAGGAAUUCUCCAAAUUGUUUGUGGGUUCUAUUAUAUUAACAUCUGGCACAUUAUCUCCAAUGGAUUCAUUUGCUCAGGAAUUGAAACUAGACUUUCCAGUGAGGUUGGAGAACCCUCAUGUUAUAAACUCUAGUCAGAUAUGGGCUGGAGUUGUACCAGUUGGUCCAUCGGGCUACUCUUUCAAUUCCUCUUAUAGGAGUCGUGAUACUCUUGAAUACAAGCAAGAGCUUGGUAAUGCUAUAGUCAAUUUUGCUCGAAUUGUUCCUGAUGGGCUGCUUGUAUUCUUUCCAUCUUACUACCUUUUGGACCAAUGCAUUGGGUGCUGGAAGAAAACGAGUCAUGCCAAUUCAACAACAUUAUGGGAAAGAAUCUGCAGGCAUAAGAAACCUGUUGUAGAACCUAGACAAUCUUCUUUGUUUUCCGAGUCAAUUGAGGAUUACAUGGCUAAGCUGAAGGACUCCUCAACUUCUGGUGCAAUAUUUUUUGCUGUGUGCCGUGGUAAGGUAAGUGAAGGAUUAGAUUUUGCUGAUCAUGCUGGAAGAGCUGUAAUCGUCACUGGUAUGCCAUUUGCCACAAUGACAGAUCAUAAGGUUCGUCUGAAACGCGAGUUCUUGGAUGCACAGGCACAAUGCCUAAGAGAAGCAUGCAAGUCAGAAGUUCUUACCGGGGAAGAUUGGUACAGUCAACAAGCAACACGAGCAGUAAAUCAGGCUGUUGGACGUGUAAUCCGGCAUCGCCAUGACUACGGAGCAAUCAUUUUUUGUGAUGAGAGGUUUUCGCAUUCAAAUCGUCAGUCUCAAAUUUCACUUUGGAUCCAGCCUCAUCUCAAGUGCUACUCCAAAUUCGGGGAUGUAGUUUUUACAUUGACCCGUUUUUUUCGCGAUGGAAGAAAUUUGGGUCCCACAAAGCAGGAGUUACUAGAAACCGAGAAACUGGGAGACUUGAAUUCUAGCAUAAAAUCAGCAGCGCUUGAGCAGAUCAAUGAAGUUCCUAUGGAUAAUAUAUCAUCUCUCUUAGGCUCAUCAAUGUCAGCUGAUGUAGCAGGAAACGCAACAGAAGUUAAGUUAGAAGAGUUGAAGCCCUCGACAGCAGCAGUGGGUCAAGAUUGUUCUGUUAUGUUGAAGAAGGUUCAACCUGCAAAUCGUGCUUCUCUUUCUUGCUGCAAAGACAAAUCUGGAAUAUUGACUAGUCCAAAUGAACAGAUUUGCAACGAGAAGAAGUUGCUCAUUUCUGCAGGGAAGGCUCGGUACCAAAAUGUUACAUGUGAUUCUCACGAUAAUAACUCUAUAUUAGAUGAAGAAUCAUUUAGAGGACUAUUAGCUCCUUGUCCUUCCAAGAAGCGUAAAUCAAUAGGCACAAAACAAGGCUUGAUGCAUCAUGAAAGUUUUAGUGACUAUUCAUCUCGAACGAGAAAUUCUGAGUCCAAUUCUUCAACUUCCAAAUCUCUGGAAUGUGACAAGGGGUUUGAUUCUGCUGAUAGAAGUAUACAAAGUGCUCGGGUUGGUAAUGAGGAAACCAGAGGAUCUGAAUUCCUGAUUCAGGUUGAAGAGAAACUUAGUACUGCUGAAUAUAAAGAAUUCGUGAAUUCCAUGAAGGCACUUAAAUCGAAAGCAGUCAAGAUAAAUGAAGUUUUGAGAUCUAUUGUCAAAAUUUUUUCUGGACCUGAGCGGUUGCCUCUUCUCGUAAGGUUCAAGGAUUUUAUCCCUGCUAAGUAUCAUUCUAUCUAUGACCAAUAUCUUGGAGCAAAUGACAGGACAACUACAAUCCCUGAAAGAUGAACACCAGAUGAUCUGACGUUGUAUUGACUGUUAAAUUGACCAGCAAUUACCUGAAAAUGGUUCCCGCAAUCAAAGUGUAGGUACUUCAGCAUUAAGAAAAGAAGUCCAAAAAAAACUAUAGUAUCUUAUGUCGAAAGCAUAUCGCCGCAUCAUUUGGGGUGCUAUGAACCAACAAAAUGGCUAGUGGUAACUUGUACAGAUCUGUACUUGAAUUAGUAGCUGCACUAUAACAAUUUGAAGGUGGCCAUGAAUUGAACUUUGGUUUCUACAUGGAUAAGCUUUCCAAGUGCAAUUGAAUUUUGGUCCAAAAUAGGCUACAAAGAAUGGAAUCUACUAAUAUUAAUAAUUUAUUAUCUGUUGAUGAUUUUUACACAUAUUACAAGUUGUCUUUACGAGUAAACUAAACUCUGGAAGUCUAAGUAAAAUGGUGUCCGAUCAACUCUAGAGAGGUCCUGUAUUUUGGUGUAAGCCCCCUUUAUGUUUUCAUGCGUGUAAAGAAAUCUUCCAUCCAUGUAA